CACAUUACCAUCGCAGCAGUCGGCCAGCAGCCGCAGUCAAGGUCUUAGCCCAAUCCCAGCCAGAGUUCGAAGCCCACCAGGCCCCAUGGCGAACCUUAAUUUGCAGAUGCCGCUCAUUGCAGCAGCCACCACCAUACUGACAAUUGUCAGUGGAGCCACCGCCACCGCCACCGCCGGCACCGCAUCCUCGACAGAAACGACCAGGAGCCACCCGUCCUAUCACAAUAUGGGGUCCUUGUUCGAGAAUCGAUGGCUGCCAAUGGACCAGGCGAUGCAGCAGCAGCAUCAUCCCAAUCAUCGGUAUGGCUCGGCCAAAAUUCCAAGGGGAAAUGCGGGCGAACGGAGGGCCUUUAGCAGCAGUCAUUCCUCAGGCUCCCGUCAAGGAUUGGCCAGCAUGCUCAACGGGCUAACAAAUCUCUCGGGACUGGGACACGUUACCAAUGGGUACGGCUCGGUGGCACCCACGCACACGGAGGCACUGGCCCUGGGCUCCAGCAAGCAGGAGAUACCGAUUUACGAGGAGCAGAAUGAAGAUGCCGCCGCGGUCGCUGCCGUUGCAGCAGCUGGUGCCCAUGAUUUUGGCUCGGGAAAUGGACAAGCUGGCGGUGGAUUGGAGAACAAUCAGGAACAUUCGUCGAUUUACAAUUAUCCCGGUGCCGGGCAUAAUGGUGGAUUUUUGCCGGCCUAUGGAUCUGGUCCCGAGCAGGACUACGCACAGUGGACAUCAUCGGCGCCGGAGGAGCAGCAGCCGGAACAGCAGGCCACUCAUCCCUAUGCGUACGAUAAAAUUUCAAUGGGAAAUUUCCUGCCGCCGUACAUGCCAGACUCUGGAUACGAUGGCCAGCAGGGGCAGCCCUACCACCAGCAGUUGCAGCAGCAGCAGCACCAGCAGCAGCAGCAUCUGCAGCAGCAACUUUACCACCAACAGCAGCAUCAGCAGCAGGAACAGCACCCUUCGUACUUCGGGCAUCACGAACCAUCCGUUUCUGGAUCCGGUUCGACAUCGGCUGCAUCUGCCUCGAGCGGAUCUGGUGCUGAUGACUUUGAGGAGCAUCCCGAUGCUGGGCAGGAGCAGAGCUCCAACUACUUGUCGGAGGCAAGUGGUCAUGGCCAGGGACACACCCACCACUCGCAUCAUGUGGACAUCAUCAACUAUGUGCCGGUGAAGCACGUGAAGAAGCAGCACGUGCCGGUGGAGAAGGAGGUGAAGAUACCCAUAUCGCAUGCGGUCAUCAUACCCGUUCGCAAGCCAGUGCCCAUCCACAUACCGGUCACCAAGAACGUGCAGGUGCCGGUGGAGAAGGAACUAAAGGUUCCCGUCGAGCGCUUGAUCCCCGUGCCCGUGGAGAAGCACAUCCCGGUGCCGGUGGAGAAGCAUGUGCCCUACCACGUGGUCAAGUAUGUGCCCAUCAAGGUGCCCAAGCCGUUUCCCGUGAAGGUGCCCGUCUUUAAGACCGUGCUGCACAAGGUCAAGAGCUGGUGGUAGAUGUGCACUUUUCAUAAAUCCCAUCCUGCAUUCCUGCAUUCCAGCGUUCCUCAUUUGCAUCCGGAGCACGCGAAUUUCGUUAUAGUUAUAAGCACAUUACGCAUACGCCACCGUCGUCCCCGCCUUUUGGGUCACCAAACCAAAGCGAACAUCAUUAUGCAGUUUUGCACAUUCCGCAUUCCAUUUUUAAUGUCGCGUUUUAAAAUUCAUUUAAUCCCCGUGAUGUACAACAAUUUUGUGACUCAUUUAACAUUACAACAAUUUGCAUUAAAAUACAAACACAAACGGGUAAACGUAAACCGAAUGCGAAUGCGAAUGAGAACCGGGCAAAAUGGCAAGGCGGACUUGGCACAUACACACGUAUUGCAAGCAGGAGGUUUUUAGCAGCGAUUUCACGGUGCAUUUGUCAUGGACAUAACCCCUUUAGACCCAGCCCAACCCACUUGGCACCCCAUCCCAAAGGGCCCAUGCUCAUUUAUUUAAUUUCACUUUAAGCGCACACAAUGAAAUUUGUGUUUAAUGAAAUGAAAUUCAUCUUCACAAAAGGCUCGCGCAUUCUCCGCCGUUGUUCGCAGGCUGCCAAAUGCCAUUUCCAGACCAUUACAUCGCCAGUUCGGCCUGGAAAGUGGGUGCUCAAGUUGGCCCUCCCCCAUUCCCGGCUCUAAUUAAAUUAAGUGCACACCUUUGUUGUCCCGCUACGCGCUGGCACGCCGCUCGAGCUGGCCCGCUUCCCAUGUCACCUGUGCUGGUCUCAGCUUUGAUUUGCUGCCCGCCUGAAUUGGCCAAGGGACGCAGUCCCCUAUUUUUCCCAGUUUCCAGCUCCCAGCUCCAUUCCACUCACUGAGAAGUGUGCCCCAGCGCACUGCUUUCAAAUAUAGUAUGCACUGGACGAAGGAGCUGUGGUGGAAAGAAAGCAUAACAUAUCGUUCGCAGUAAAUUGUCUGCUCCGGCAAUCCUUUUGGCUCGCACGCACAGCCUCCUCAAACGUCGAUGGGCACUGCGAGAAAAUUCCUAGCACUUCAAUAGGCAUUAGUGUUUGCUUAAACGAAGUCAGACUAAUCGGACAUACUUAGCCUCUA